GGAGCUGUGCAAGAGGAGCGACAUUAUUGCCAGCCCGUUCGACGAGCCAUCUGUAUCAAACGAUAGGCUUAUCUACCAUCAGGCAAAGGCUGCACAAGGGCGAAUGUGCUACUCCUAAGAACUUCCGAGAUGACUUCAAGCUGAUCAUCAGGAACGCGAUAACCUUCAACCCGCCGAUGAGCCCAGUUCACGAGGCAUGCUAGUAUUGCGCGACCUCGCAUCGAUCACCAAAGACAACGGAGACGACGAGAACGGCGUGUGGGCCAACCGCUAUCAAGGCCGCACCUACCGCGGAGAUCAGAAGUUCACCGCCCUCACGUUCAACAGCUGCUUCGACGGCCGCACAAUCUUCGGCCCUCGCACGAAGAUGGAGCAGUAUCCCACUGCCUGCAUUACUGAAAACGACCUCGUCAUGAUAGAGUGCACCGUUACUCGCUUCAAAUGCGACGCAAAUUGUAAUGCGGUCUACAAGGAUGGAUGGAAACAUUGGCGCUCUCAACUUGAACUACUCACCGUAACCAAACUCAUCGAGGGACCGGAAGCGACGAUAAAGGAACAAGUCGGAAUAGAGGACGACGUCCUUCACUUAUUUAUUGUAUCUCUGUAUCGCGGACAAAUGUAUAUUAUAUUUAUACUCUAUCCUCUGUAUAUCGCGGACUAUCGAUUUUUGUACUUUCGCUCUAUCGCUCUCAAGACAUGAGAACGUACUGGACGCGCUUAUCCGCCAGUCAUUCGGACUCGGGCGUGCGGACGCAGCGCCGACACUCCCAUGUCAAUGUCACGAGAGGAGAUACGUCGUGAAACCUACUAAUAGUUAGUGUCUUCGCCGCGAAUAGCGACCCCGAAUGUGCCUUCCGAUGAGUCACUGGGUCCAGGUAGGUCCACCGCCGUCGAUCUUUGUGCGCGAUCUUGCGCUUGAACAAUGAAGCUGCGUAUUCAUCCAGUAGCCCCGUACUCCGCCGUUUCAUCAUCAUCAAGGAAAUCUGAUGGGGUGU